AUGGGCUAUGGUGUACGACUUCUCCUGAAAAUUAAUAUUAAAACAAAAGGAUAUUCUCUAAGUCAUGUAAUCUUUGAGCCCAUUGAGGGCGUGUUCGGCAACGGCAGCUGGGUUGAGGUGGAGGUGGACAUCCACUGCAGCCGGGCCAAGGAGAAGGAGAGACAGCAGCACCUGCUUCAGGUGCCAGCCGAGGCCAGUGACGAGGGCAUCGUCGUCAGUGCCAACGAGGAUGAGCCAGGUCUGUCCAAGGAGGCAGACUUUUCUGCCGUGGAGACCAUUGGACGACUCAAGGCUAAUGGCUCUGUAGCUCCCCAGGAAAGGAGCCACAGUGUGAUAGAGGUUGCCGCAGAUGCACCUCUCCGGAAGCCAGAAGGCUAUUUUGCAGCCCCCGUUCAGCCUGAUCCAGAUGAUCAGUUUAUCAUACCCUCAGAGCUGGAAGAGGAAGUGAAAGAAAUCAUGAAACAUCAUCAGGAGCAGCAGCAGCAGCAGCACAAGACGGAAGUGUUUCUCUGCCUGGAACAAGAAGAAAAUACAACAUAG